UCAAACACCGGUUAGUUUGCGACGACUAAAAGCUGAUGUACUCAACAAAUAUGUAAUGAAUUAUACGGUUCCCACUCUCGGCACUGAAUAUCUCCCGGUGUCCGCACACCAGGCCUUUCAGACCAAGCAGUUUAACAAAGAUCUGGAACUGUUGGCCGGUGUGGCCCAACACGAGGGUCCGGCAGUUUUUACCGCCGACUAUGGCUAUACUCCCAAUGACCUGACGGAAAGGGGCUUUCACGCCAUCGCACAGACAUUUAAUGCAAAGUUUCAUAAUUUAAACGCCGACAAUAUUACCACGUUUUACAUGUCGUCCAUAAAUAAGUCGGAUGCAGAUCAGUUUGCCGUCAAUUAUGGCCAACAGUCGGCCGAAUAUAAUGUAUAUUUCUAUGAGAUUACAUAUAAAAGGACACCGAAGUCGGGUCCGGACGUUAUGGGUGUCACUCACGGCUCGGAACUGGACUUUGUAUUCGGUUUACCACUCAUUGAUUCGCAGAAAACUGAUACAGAAGUAGACAAACAGUUUAGUCGGGAUGUCAUGAAAAUGUGGACCGAUUUUGUUAAAUAUGGUAAACCAACUGUCGAUUGGCCUAAACUUAUUGAUAAUAAAGUGAAAGAUUAUGUGCCGAAAGCCAAAGAACUCAAUCCAUACAGACUUUGGCAUAAUUUUGACCACUUAUUCAACACUACUUGCAAUGGCUUUUGGAAACAAUAUUGGAAU